AUGUUGAAAAGAAGCGGCGAGGCGACGUCUCCUUGCCGGACUCCAGUUCGGAUCGGGAACUCCUCAGACAUGUCAUUCCGGAUACGGACACUGCUGUUGCAUCUUAGAAGCAAAACAGCAGAGUUGGCUAAAGAACAACAACUUAAAAUGGCUAAACAGGAGAUAGAUGGUGUACAAUCAAAGUUAUCUGAAGUUUCAGAAAAACUGUACAAAGGUGAAAUGGACCGAAGGAAGCUACACGAUCAGAUACUGGAGCUGAAGGGGAACAUAAGAGUGUUUUGCAGAGAAUGUCCUCUUCUGCCCAGUGACCACGCUGAUAACAUAGAACACGUUCAGUUCCCAAAUAAUGAUGAGAAGUCAAUCUUGCUUGCAAGGACUGAAGAGUCUCACAUUGGCAGAGAUAGCAAAGACCAGCUAAAAUACAGGUUCAGCUUUGACCGAGUUUUUCCACCCCGCUCCUCGCAACAAGAAGUCUUUGAAGAGAUUUCUCUUCUUGUGCAGUCGGCACUUGACGGAUACAAUGUUUGUAUCUUUGCCUAUGGCCAAACUGGAAGUGGAAAGACUUACACCAUGGAAGGUCCAGCUCAACUUCAGGAUGACACCAUGGGGAUAAUACCCCGUGCAGUACAUCAGGUGUUUAAUUCAGCUGUGGAGCUUAAAGACCAAGGAUGGCAGUACACAUUUACUGCAAGCUUCCUGGAAAUAUACGACGAGACAAUCCGGGACCUGCUUGUUAACAAAACAGUGAAAAAAAUGGAACAUGAAAUCAAGAGACCUACUUCUAAUGCUGUACAUGUUUCUAACCUUAAAUAUUUAAAUGUGGAGACCGUAGAAGAGGUGAUGUCUCUAAUCAAAGUUGCAAAGCAGAAUCGUGCUACAGCCCAUACCAAGAUGAAUGACCAAUCUUCACGCAGCCAUAGUGUGUUCCAGCUAAAGAUUGAAGGGCUCAAUAAGAAGGGAAACAUCACCUCUACGUUGACCUUAAUUGACCUUGUCGGCAGUGAGAGGAUUGAUAAAUCGGAGUCACGAGACCGGUUAAAGGAAACAAAGGCCAUUAACUGCAGUCUUUCCAACCUGGGGGGUGUCUUCAUUGCUUUGGCAAACAAGGAUACUUUUGUGCCUUACAGAAACUCCAAGCUGACUUACUUAUUGCAGAACUGCUUAGGGGGAAACAAAAAAGUGCUGAUGUUUGUGAACAUUUCACCAAAGAACAGCAGCUUUGGUGAAUCUCUCAACUCGCUGAGAUUUGCUAGCAAGGUGAAUAAAUGCGUGAUUGGGACAGCAGUUGCCAACAGAAAAUGA